UGCAAACAAGUAUUGAUAAGUUAGAGUAUAUCAACACUAAGGGGGCUAGGUUCAUUGCAAACAAGUAUUGAUAAGUUAGAGUAUAUCAACACUAAGGGGGCUAGGUUCAUUGCAAACAAGUAUUGAUAAGUUAGAGUAUAUCAACACUAAGGGGGCUAGGUUCAUUGCAAACAAGUAUUGAUAAGUUAGAGUAUAUCAACACUAAGGGGUCUAGGUUCAUUGCAAACAAGUAUUGAUAAGUUAGAGUAUAUCAACACUAAGGGGGCUAGGUUCAUUGCAAACAAGUAUUGAUAAGUUAGAGUAUAUCAACACUAAGGGGCCUAGGUUCAUUGCAAACAAGUAUUGAUAAGUUAGAGUAUAUCAACACUAAGGGGUCUAGGUUCAUUGCAAACAAGUAUUGAUAAGUUAGAGUAUAUCAACACUAAGGGGCCUAGGUUCAUUGCAAACAAGUAUUGAUAAGUUAGAGUAUAUCAACACUAAGGGGUCUAGGUUCAUUGCAAACAAGUAUUGAUAAGUUAGAGUAUAUCAACACUAAGGGGGCUAGGUUCAUUGCAAACAAGUAUUGAUAAGUUAGAGUAUAUCAACACUAAGGGGGCUAGGUUCAUUGCAAACAAGUAUUGAUAAGUUAGAGUAUAUCAACACUAAGGGGUCUUGGUUCAUUGCAAACAAGUAUUGAUAAGUUAGAGUAUAUCAACACUAAGGGGCCUAGGUUCAUUGCAAACAAGUAUUGAUAAGUUAGAGUAUAUCAACACUAAGGGGUCUUGGUUCAUUGCAAACAAGUAUUGAUAAGUUAGAGUAUAUCAACACUAAGGGGCCUAGGUUCAUUGCAAACAAGUAUUGAUAAGUUAGAGUAUAUCAACACUAAGGGGCCUAGGUUCAUUGCAAACAAGUAUUGAUAAGUUAGAGUAUAUCAACACUAAGGGGUCUAGGUUCAUUGCAAACAAGUAUUGAUAAGUUAGAGUAUAUCAACACUAAGGGGUCUAGGUUCACUGCAAACACUCACUGGAACACCUGGUAUCAGAACACAGAUCAAACAACACAUCAACAUGGAAGCUCUUCACAUACGCAGACAAGCACACAGACUUACACGUAUUAUACAAGAUCACACACACUCACAUUGACCCACAAACAUACCUACACAACGCAAGGAAUCAACAUACUCAUAACACACACUAACACUGAUGCAUACUCAUACUUUCCACGCACCGUACACCACUGGAACAGACUCCCUCAUCAGAUUUUAGAGUGCGGUACAAUAGACUCCUUCAGAAAACAAAUACACACUUACUUGUCAACACAUCACACCAACACUAAGGUCAGGUUCUAAUGAGUGUUUCUUCAGGUUCACGGUACAGAGGAAGGGUCACACUACCACCAGGGUCAUAAAACUACUCCUGGAAAUGCCCACAACUCCUACGAAAGCCUUGUCAAAUGUGUGUUUCUUUAGGUUCAUGGUACAGAGGAAGGGUCAAACUACCACCAGGGUCAUAAAACUACUCCUGGAAAUGCCCACAACUCCUACGAAAGCCUUGUCAAAUGUGUGUUUCUUUAGGUUCACGGUACAGAGGAAGGGUCACACUACCACCAGGGUCAUAAAACUACUCCUGGAAAUGCCCACAACUCCUAUGAAAGCCUUGUCAAAUGUGUGUUUCUUUAGGUUCACGGUACAGAGGAAGGGUCAAACUACCACCAGGGUCAUAAAACUACUCCUGGAAAUGCCCACAACUCCCACGAAAGCCUUGUCAGAUGUGUGUUUCUUCAGGUUCACGGUACAGAGGAAGGGUCAAACUACUACCAGGGUCACAAAACUACUCCUGGAAAUGCCCACAACUCCUACGAAAGCCUUGUCAAAUGUGUGUUUCUUUAGGUUCACGGUACAGAGGAAGGAUCAAACUACCACCAGGGUCAUAAAACUAUCCCUGGAAAUGCCCACAACUCCUACGAAAGCCUUGUCAGAUGUGUGUUUCUUUAGGUUCACGGUACAGAGGAAGGGUCACACUACCACCAGGGUCAUAAAACUACUCCUGGAAAUGCCCACAACUCCCACGAAAGCCUUGUCAAAUAGGUGUUCUUGGGUAACGAAAUGUCUGCACACCUGGCUCCCCUGUGGUUACCUAGUGAUAGUUGAGAGGCCUGGGAGCUUUUAUCAUAGGGUGCAUCUUCUAAGUGUGUGUUUCCAUAUUGUUGUAGUGAUUUUUGAAAGUACUGACACAAGGGCUGGAUAUAACUCCUUCAGGCAAGCUGUUCCACUUAUUCACAACCCUUGCAUCAAAGAACUUCCCUCCCUUGAGUGUUCUGUGCCUAGGCUUACUCAACUUAAGACUGGGUACCCUUGUGAGAUUGGUGUCUUUUCCUGGCUCCCCUGUGGUUACCUAGUGAUAGUUAAGAGGCCUGGGAGCUUAGAUCAGGGGGUUGCAAUAUAG